AGCAGUCAGAGAACAAUGUGCACUGUCAAAGUAUUGUCGUGUUUUCAUGUGUCAUGACUCUUAUUGCUCUAGCCUCUAGGUCGAUUGCAAAUUUCUCCGAUCUAUGAUCAUCGUAUGAUGAUGUAUGAAUUACCUUUCUAGUCUUUCCUCAUACAGUGAAUCACAAUACCAAAGCAUUGUUAUGACAUCUUAUUGGAAUUAUCUUCAAAAUUGGCUUAAUGCUUGUGAGCCUUGUGUUAUCAAGUAGAUUUACCAAUUAACCUAGGUGACCUUAAUUUCAUUUGGUGCAGAUAUGAGCCUUGCUCCUAUAAAGAAUCUCGUUUCCAAACAGAAGAGAAGAUUUACUGAAGAUGGAUUCAAUCUUGACCUCACGU